UACAAGAAUACAAGUGAUGACGUGGCGGAAAAAAGAAGGGCGUUAACAAAAAGUUAAGAAACGAACCGUUUGGGACGUGGUGUCGUUCUGGCCUGGGGACGGCAGAUCAGCGUUGAACACUGAAGCAAGUAGAAUUCGAAGUUCAGGAUGUGAAAUGAAGCUUGCGUUUGCCAUAAAAGGAAUCUUACGUCAUCCUACUCACAGACUUUGUCUUCAAUGGAGGUUUCUUCAGUGUGCCGUUCCCCAAGUUCAACAUCCCUCGACACCCUUGGAACCGUUGUAUCUCACUCACAGCAGUUUCGACUCAGUUCAAUAUAUCUCCUCGCUCCCAUCUUUCCAUCUUCUUAGCAUUUGCAGAAAUAUCAAUUCUCUCAAGAAUGCCCACGCCUUGCUUCUUGUCCACGGCCUCACUGACGAUCUUCUCUGCGUUACCAAGCUGGUUAGCCUCUAUGGAUCUUUCGGGUUCGUUCAAUAUGCUCGCACGGUGUUCGACCGAAUUCCAAGCCCAGAUUUUUAUUCGUGGAAGGUGAUGCUCAGGUGGUACUUCUUGAAUGAUAUGUAUUCCGAGAUUGUUCCCUUCUAUACCCGCAUGAGGGUAUCUGUCCAAGGCCACGACGAGGUGGUUUUUACUUUUGUCUUGAAAGCUGCUUGUGAGUUGCGUGAUGUUGUUGAAGGUAUGAAGGUACACUGCCAAAUUGUUAAAACCAACACCAUUGAUAGUUUUGUGCUGACGGGUCUACUGGACAUGUACUCUAAAUGUGGAGAAGUACAACGUGCACGAGUUGUGUUUGACGAAAUGUUUGAUAGCCAUGUGGUGUCUUGGACCUCUAUGAUUGCAGCAUAUGUGCAGAAUGAUUCUGAGGAAGAAGGGCUGGUCUUGUUCAAUAGAAUGAGAGAAGGGUUUAUUGCAGGCAAUCAAGUUACUGUGGGAAGUUUACUCAAGGCAUGCACGAAAUUAGGAUAUCUGCAUCAAGGAAAGUGGGUACAUGGCUACGUAAUUAAAAAUGGAAUUGAAAUGGAACAUUUCUUGGCAACGUGUCUUUUGGACAUGUAUGUUAAGUGUGGGGAUAUCAGAGAUGCUCGUUCUGUUUUUGAUGAGCUUUCGACAGCUGAACUUGUUUCCUGGACGGCAAUGAUUGUUGGGUAUACUCAAAGAGGUCACCCGGAUAAGGCAUUGGAAUUGUUCGCGAAUGAAAAAUGGGCGUGUCUUAUGCCCAAUUCUCUUACCGUUGCAAGUUUGCUUUCGGCAUGUGCACAACUAAGUAAUACAACUAUGGGAAAGUCACUUCAUGUACAAAUAAUUAAGCUUGGUUUGGAUGAUCCUGUAGUGAGUAGUGCUCUUGUGUACAUGUAUGCCAAGUGCCAUAUGACUGCUGAUGCUCGUGACAUAUUUGAAACCAUAACCCAUAGAAGCGUAAUAUCUUGGAACUCGAUUAUUUCUGGUUAUGCCCAGAAUGGUUCUGCACAUGAAGCUCUUGGGCUCUUUAAACGCAUGAGAUUAGCCUCAUUUUUGCCGGAUGCAGUCACAUUGGUCUGCACCUUCUCAUCUUGCGCUUCCCUUGGUGCUCUUGAACUCGGUUCUUCUCUUCAUGCCUUGUCUCUAAAAUACGGAACAGUAUCAUCUAGCGUCUAUGUUGGCACGGCACUUUUGAAUUUCUAUGCAAAAUGCGGAGAUGCAAAAUCAGCUCGUGCGGUGUUUGAUGAGAUGAGAGACAAGAAUUCUGUCACAUGGAGUGCGAUGAUAGGUGGCUGUGGCAUGCUAGGUGAUGGCAAUGCGUCUCUUGCACUCUUCAUGGAUAUGUUGAAGGAGAACUUGGAGCUCAAUGAAGUGGUCUCCACAACUAUAUUAACGGCAUGCAGCCAUGCAGGAAUGGUUGGAGAGGGCCUCAGGCUUUUCAUUUUGAUGUGUAAGGAACUGAACUUUGUUCCUUCCAUGAAGCAUUACACAUGUAUGGUUGAUCUUUUAGCACGUUCUGGAAACCUUGAAGCGGCAUUGGAGUUUAUUAACAAAAUGCCUGUCCAACCUAAUGUUGGAGUGUACGGAGCUUUUCUCCAUGGAUGUGGACUUCAUUCAAGGUUUGACUUGGGAGAAGUUGCCCUCAGGAGAAUGUUGGAGUUGCAUCCUGAUGAAUCUUGUUACUAUGUGCUCAUGUCAAACUUAUAUGCCUCUGAUGGGAGGUGGAGCCAGGUUAAGCAUGUGAGAGAGUUGAUGAAGCAGAGGGGAUUGAACAAAGUCCCCGGACGCAGUGCAGUGCAGAUGGAUAUCAGCAAUGAUGCAUAUGACAGCAUGGCAGCUUUUGCCUAGUCAUAUAUAUAUGCAUCAUUUUGUCGGAAUAAAGAUGUUGGAAACUGGUCAGGCUAUGAAGAGUUUUUACAACUUGGCAAAUGGCUUAAGUGAAAUAACGGAAAUUCUAGCACCUGAAAUAUUUUUUUUAGCAUUCAUUAUAAAUUUUAUGGUAGCAUAGAUCUGUAAAUGAGCGACUUAUAGACGGUUAAAUGAAUCAAAUUAUCUGUAAAUCUUAUAUCUUGCUUGUUAGUGUCCUAAAGAGCAUUAUGACC